AAAGAGCUUCAGGAGAAGCUGGAGCAGGAGAUCUCUGAGCUGAAGAGGAAAGACGCUGAGCUGAAGCUGCUCUCACACACAGAGGAUCACAACCAGUUUCUACACAACUACCCCUCACUGUCACCACUCAGAGAACCUACAGACUCGUCCGGCAUCGAUAUCCGUCCUCUGAGCUACUUUGAGGACGUGACGGCGGCUGUGUCAGAAGUCAGAGAUAAACUACAGGACGUUCUGAGAGAGAAGUGGACAAACGUCUCACUGGCAGUGACUGAAGUGGACGUUUUACUGUCUCCUUCACAAGCAGAGCCCAAGACCAGAGCUGAGUUCUUAAGAUAUUCAAGUGAAAUCACACUGGAUCCAAACACAGCACACAUGCUGCUGUUAUUAUCUGAGGGGAACAGAAAAGCAACAGUUACGAAUGAACAUCAGUCUUAUUCUAGUCACCCAGACAGAUUCACUUCAUGUUGUCAGGUCCUGAGUAGAGAGAGUCUGACUGGACGUUGUUACUGGGAGGUGGAGUGGAGAGGAGGAGUUUAUGUAGCAGUCGCAUACAAGAAUAUCAGCAGAACAGGAAGCUCUGAUGAAUGUGGUUUUGGAUUGAAUGACAAAUCUUGGGCGUUAUAUUGUGACAAAAACAGUUUUAUAUUUUGGUACAACAAUAUCAAAACUCCCGUCUCAGGUCCUCAGUCCUCCAGAGUAGGAGUGUACCUGGAUCACAGAGCAGGUAUUCUGUCUUUCUACAGCGUCUCUGAAACCAUGACUCUCCUCCACAGAGUCCAGACCACAUUCACUCAGCCUCUCUAUGCUGGACUUGGGUUUUAUCGUCAUGGAGACACUGCUGAGUUCUGUAAACUAAAAUAGACAGAAGUGAUUUAUGGAACAGCAAAUUUAUUUCUGUUAAACUCACUUUGUGUCCAUUUUUGCUGAGACCUGAUUUCUUUCACCUGUCAAUCAAACAUUGAGGGCGGUACUUUGACAUCUUGUCAUUAUUGUUGUGUACAUGUUUGAGUUUCUUUAGGUGGAGCUCCUUCCUGUGUCUGUUAAACCAUGGAGGCUAUCACUGCUCAUGAUGAUCUUUGUUGACCUGAACUGAUAUUUCUCUGCAGGAAAAUGUAAACUUCUCUGAGGUCUAAAUGUUUGUUGAAAAUGUGUAUUGAUGAAUUUGUUUGUUGUUGUUUCUCUUCCACUGCAUGUGUCUUAAAGAGAGAAAUCACCAGAGCUUCUUUUAUCCAAGAUAUUUUGUUCUCACCACUUUCUGUAAAGAUAUCUUUCAUUAAAUUGUUUAAUUUCUUUGUUUCAAGAAGAUAAAAGACUCUGAUCUUGUUGUAAGAACAAUCAGUCUAUUGAGAAGGAAACUCGUCUCUUUUUUUUAAGAUCCAAUGAUUUUAUAUUAAAGUCUCUUUCAAUUAUUUUACAACGUGUAGUUGUCUUAUAGGAAGACCUUCUUUCAGUGGUCUAGGAUUCAAACUGCCUGCAGUCAUCAGAGUGUUCCUGUCAGUGGGUUUAGUGGGAAUACUUGUUUGUAGCUUUUCUAACUCACCACUGAACUCAAGACAAAUAUCAUUCCAGAUCAGCUCCAAACUGCCUCAUGAGGAGCAGAAUGAAUCCACAUCUCUGGUUACUAGUAAAUCCUUCUCAUCAGCAAUGAGAGCUCUGCUCUUCAGCAGCAUGUCAGUGUGUCUUGUAUGUAGGAGGGCAAAGCGUUCAGCAGCUUCUUCAUGUGUGAGUCCACAAACAUGUGAGACUUGAGAUGAAUCCUCACAUGUUAAGUUCAACUGUUACUAUUUAGUUUGGACACAACUUGUUGUAUUUUAUAUUUCAACCACAAGAUGGCGCCAUGAUAUUUAAAGCAC